GUGAUACAUCCGCGAAGAAGAAGAAACAAAAGCAAUCGAACGAUAUCGAUUGUCAGUAUUAACACUACUUGUACUUCAGUGCUUUGACAAGUAAUAAUGUUUUCGUUGGUCUGUUGACAUAUAGCUGGAAGUGUUGAGGGGAGUGUAAUUUGAAAAGAAGGUUUCAGUUACAUGUAACUGAUGGAGCGGUCCAGUUGAAUGUAUCAUGGCUGCUACAUAACAGUAGAAAUGAAUCUAGCCCUUCUCCAAGCACUUCGUUUGGAUUAUUGAAUUUUAGUAUUGUAUAGUUAGUUGCCAGCAGAAAUUCAUAUAAAUCGUUAUGUUUACCACGGCCCCUCGAAAUAUAUGUGGUAGAUACCACUAUAGUCGACUUAGCAGUUUGAUUCGUGGAUGUAAGAAGGACAAUUCCUUUUUAGGCUGUUGUAAUGUAGUUGGAUUCCAAAAUCACGUUCAUCAUUCGAGUAUUCAGACGUUUACUGCACAAAAACAUUUGUCUUUAUUGCAUACACGUUCUCAUCGAUGCAUUAGAAUUUUGAGUAGCCUUCAUACUUACAGGUGUUUUCACAAGACAUCUGUCGACAAUGAAAAACCGAAUAAACCGUUCCCAAAGGUUCUAUACAUACAGAAUCCAUUCUCGUGGUUAAUGAAUAAAUUAGAUUUUGGUAUUUUGAAAAAUACCUGGGAUCCACAGUUCAAUGAAUCAGAAUUUAAACGUGGAGCAAAACAGGCGGUGUCAACUAUAUCUCAACUGAUUUGUCAAGAUUUGAGGGAUGGACUGGCUGGUCUUCUAACAAGGAAAGCAACAACCAAACUAAUCCACGACAUUGAAACAUCAUGGAGUGAUGAGCAAAGGCGUCUUAUUGGGAUAGAACCAGAAGAUAUUCAGGUUGCUGUUCCACGGCGAGUUAAUUUUCAGACCAUAAAGUUUUGUGACGUGGACAUGGUUUUUGUCGCCCUGAAGACAGCUGAACACAAAAGUUCAAGUGCCUUGAUCUUCAUUGAAAUAUUAGCAAGAUUUCAUAGAAAUUAUACAGAAGGAAGAUUACCAGACUGGACUGUCUCACUGUUCCGUGUAACUCGAUUUGAUAUACGCCCAGUUCCUGCAGGGUAAUGGCUCCACAACUGCAAGAUUUUAACUUGUUUUGUGUCUGUCACAGAUAAAUUGUUGUAAUUCAUAGUUUUAAAAAUGAGCUAAAUAUAAAAGUAUUAAGAUGA